UAGGUUAGUGGUGCGACAUUUAGGGAAGGCAGAAAGUAGGUCAGGGACGGAGCUGCCUGUUUACCCGCGCCGGACUCGCCGCCGCCGCCGCGGGAUCCGAGUGCGGGCGCGGGCGCGGGCGCUGCCGGCGAGCCACGCUCCUUUCCCACAUCACCAAAGGCUUUGUAAGGAAAGUGCCCCUCAAAGGACAUGGAUAGAAACCCAAGGUGGUACCAAGCAGAGUGCAUGCUGUUGGGCCCAAACUGAGUGUUUCAAAUGUGGACGCCUAUGCCUGCACUGGUUUCCGGAAGGAGCUGACUGCCUGGAAGGAAAUGUCCAAACAUGAAAAUCACUUGGAGGUGAGCAGGAAGUUCAGCGGCCCCUGGCUCCUCCCAAGGUGGAUCUGAGCUCUCAGAACUCAACGGCAGAUGAAGAGACUUGGGCCUGGAGGGAAGGAGUGACAGCCCGUCACACCCUGCAGACGCCAGCGCCGUGGGCGGCACUGGGCCCUGUUCAGCCUGGCUCAGAGUUGGAGUCCCCUGCAAGACCGUCAAUGGCGGACCAGAGAAUGGACAUUUCUUCUACAAUCAGUGAUUUCAUGUCUCCUGGUGCCACCGACCUCCUCUCCAGCCCCCUCGGCACCAGUGGUGUGGAUUGCAACCGGAAACGGAAAGGCAGUACCACUGACUACCAGUCGAGUUUGGGAAGCACAGUGGCUGGAGGUCAGAGUCCACUAGGAGGUGCUAUGAUUAAUAUAGAAAGCAUGGAUACAAACAAAGAUGGCCCCCAUGGAAGGUUAGAGUACACAGAACACCAAGGAAGGAUAAAGAAUGCACGGGAAGCUCACAGUCAGAUCGAAAAAAGACGGCGGGAUAAGAUGAACAGUUUUAUUGACGAGCUGGCUUCUCUGGUACCGACGUGCAAUGCGAUGUCCAGGAAACUAGACAAACUUACCGUCCUGAGGAUGGCCGUGCAGCACAUGAAAACGUUGCGAGGCGCCGCCAGCCCAUACACGGAAGCAAACUACAAACCAACCUUCCUGUCAGACGACGAGUUGAAACACCUCAUUCUCAGGGCGGCCGACGGAUUUUUGUUUGUCGUCGGAUGUGACCGAGGGAAGAUCCUCUUCGUGUCAGAAUCCGUCUUCAAGAUCCUCAACUAUAACCAGAACGACCUGAUCGGCCAGAGUCUGUUUGACUACCUGCAUCCCAAAGACAUCGCCAAAGUUAAGGAGCAGCUCUCCUCCUCCGACACCGCGCCCCGCGAGCGGCUCAUUGACGCAAAAACUGGACUUCCAGUUAAAACAGAUAUAACCCCUGGGCCAUCUCGAUUAUGUUCUGGAGCUCGCCGUUCUUUCUUCUGUAGGAUGAAGUGUAACAGGCCUUCUGUCAAGGUGGAAGACAAGGAUUUCCCCUCCACCUGCUCAAAGAAAAAAGCAGAUCGAAAAAGCUUCUGCACAAUCCACAGCACAGGCUAUUUAAAAAGCUGGCCGCCCACAAAGAUGGGGCUGGAUGAAGACAACGAGCCAGACAAUGAAGGGUGUAACCUCAGCUGCCUGGUGGCCAUUGGACGACUCCAUUCUCAUGUGGUUCCCCAGCCGGUGAACGGGGAAAUCAGGGUGAAGUCAAUGGAGUAUGUUUCUCGGCACGCGAUCGAUGGGAAGUUUGUUUUCGUAGACCAAAGGGCCACAGCUAUUUUGGCAUAUCUACCACAAGAACUUCUAGGCACAUCAUGUUAUGAAUAUUUCCACCAAGAUGAUAUAGGACAUCUUGCAGAAUGUCACCGGCAAGUUUUACAGACAAGAGAAAAAAUCACAACGAAUUGCUAUAAGUUUAAAAUCAAAGAUGGUUCUUUCAUCACACUUCGGAGUCGGUGGUUCAGUUUCAUGAACCCUUGGACCAAGGAAGUAGAAUAUAUUGUCUCAACCAACACGGUUGUUUUAACCAACGCCCUGGAAGGUGGGGACCCAGCCUUCCCGCAGGUCACUGCGUCCCCCCACAGCAUGGACAGCAUCCUGCUCUCUGGAGAAGAUUUCUCUGUUGUAGGCGGCCCAAAGAGGACCCACCCCACCGUUCCGGGGAUUCCGGGGGGAACCAGGGCCGGCGCGGGAAAGAUUGGGCGAAUGAUCGCCGAGGAGAUCAUGGAGAUCCACAGGAUACGAGGGUCGUCCCCUUCCAGCUGCGGCUCCAGCCCCCUGAACAUCACGAACACACCCCCUCCUGACGCCUCUUCUCCAGGAACCAAGAAGAUUUUAAACGGAGGAACUCCAGACAUUCCUUCCAGUAGCCUACUACCAGGGCAGGCUCAGGAGAACCCAGGCUAUCCGUAUUCUGACAGCUCCUCUAUCCUUGGCGAGAACCCUCACAUAGGCACAGACAUGAUAGACAACGACCAAGGCUCAAGCAGCCCCAGUAACGACGAGGCGGCCAUGGCUGUCAUAAUGAGCCUCUUGGAAGCAGACGCCGGGCUGGGUGGUCCUGUGGACUUCAGCGACUUGCCAUGGCCGCUGUGAACGUUGCCGUGGCCACCGCUACGCUCUCCAUCACUAUCGAAGUGCAUUGCCGGCGGGGUUUUACAGUCUGUGAAGCUUACUGGAUAAGGAGACGACAGCUUUUGUGGACUGUCUUCAUAAAAGCCACCUCAGAGCCCCUGACGGAAGUCAGUCUUGCCGUGUGUAACUUCAGACAGAGUGGAAGCAAGCCUGCCCUCGCCGUUUCUUCAUCGCCGGUCGGUCGGUCGGUCAUUGGGCUCGCUGUGAAUAGCUUGCAGUCAUUGUAUAUUUUGGAUUCUGUUUGUGUUGAAUUUUCUAAUCAUUGCGCACAGAAGCAUCAUUGGUAGCUUUUUAUACGUGGACAGUCAUUUCAGAUGGAUGGUGUUUUUACACUACAAACAAGUCCCCCCAUGUGGAUAUUUCUUAGACUAAUUGUACCAUAAAGCUGUUUAUUCUUCCUUGUAAGAACCCUUUACUAUAAAUAUGGGCUAAAGUAUGUAUUAGACAGGUAAAUAUUUUUAAUAAAUGUCUCCCUUGUUCUAUAAA